UGUGACAUCUACAAACAGGUAGAGUCAGUUGUAAAAUCAAUAUUCCAUCACCGUGCCAAUGGCAAAGUCACAACAUUGGCGAGGCGUACCGCGGCGAUGUAACGCCAGCUCAGAAUGGCAGAGUUCUCUUUAAACAUUCAGAAACACAUAAAGGCAGGUCUUGUCGUGAGUGGGAAAUUCGACGGAUCGCACGCGUGUCUCGCGGCCGCUACACCUGGCGGGACCAUUUUGGUGCACAGCCCGCACAGGCAGCCGCAGGUCGAUUACUCCGAUCACAAGCAGUCGAAUAAAAGAUUGUCAUGGAGCGGGGAACUUGCGGAGCUUCAAAUUGGCACCGAGGUUCGAAUGUGUUGGAAUCGAAAGUGUCACAAAUUGCCUCGCACAUUAAAUAUAAAAUUUCGCACCGUUUUAUAUUCUUCCUUCGUGCCUUUCUUGUGUACGAAAAUUUAUAUUAUCCAGGUGAAGUCAUUGUGCACUGGUCGCCUUGGAGAAGACGAAAGAGAUAUCCUUUUAGUUGGUACUAUUUCUCACGUGCUUGCCUAUCACGUCGAAGACAAUGCUGAUGCUUUCUACAAGGAGAUGUCGGACGGUGCAAAUUGCAUGCUUGUUGCGAAAAUCGGAUGGCUACCAAAUCAUGUUGUAAUAGUAGGCGGCAAUUGCUCGGUGACAGUGUUAGAUGCGCAUGGAACGGAAAUAUUUUGGACUGUAAUGGGAGGUAUUGUCACUUCGCUGGCGGUGUUUGAUUUUGAUGGAGAUGGAGAAAAUGAAUUAUUGACGGGUACAACAGAUUUUGAAAUUAGAGUGCAAAAGAAAGACAACAUACUUUGGGAAACAAAGGAAACAGCAGCGAUUGUCGUUUUUACUGAUCUCCCGAACAGGCAGUUUGCUUACGCUCUUGAAAACGGAACAAUUGGUGUCUACGAAGCAGGGCAGAGACUGUGGCGAGUUAAGUCGAAGCACAAGGUGGUAUCCGUAGAUACUUUCGACAUAAAUGGCAAUGGUGUACCGGAAUUGAUCACCGGCUGGAGUAGUGGAAAAAUAGACGCAAGAACGUACAAUACCGGCGAGGUGAUAUUCAAGAUUCAGUUACCAUCCAGCGUGGCGGGCAUAGUGGAAGCUGAUUAUCGAAGAACGGGUAAACCUGAUCUGGUGGUAGUUUCUACCAAUGGCGAAGUACGCGGAUACAGUGCUGGCUCUGCCAUGCAAGCUCCGGAACCCGGCGAGAUAAUUCGCGAGCUAUUAGCUAAGAAGCAGGCACUCCAGAUGGAAUUGCGACAGAGGGCUGCGACGGGUUCCAGUAUGUACUACGGAUCGAGAUUAGCUAUCAGCCUGUUGACAAAGAGAGGCGCAGCCCGCGUCGCGCUUGCCGCCGGUCCCGGGCUUCUGGUGUAUUGCGCCAUAGUCUUUGCCGAGGGCGUUUUUGAGGGUGAGACGCUGGUGACGCAUCCCAAUCGGCCGCAAGGGGAGUUAGAGAUCGCGCUUUAUCCUGCCAAGAAUGAUCCCGUGGAUAUUCAUGUUAAAGUGUACGUUGGACCUCCUGCUACCGAUCUGUUACAGGUCUUCGAGAUAACACGGCAGUUGCCAAGAUUUUGUAUGUACGAGCGCAUCCCAAAACCGCAAGACGUCCCGGAAGAAUUGUCGAGCAAUGGCGUUGUGGCGGACGUCGCGGAGAGACCGCAGCGGAUCGCCAUCUGGCUGAACCAGAGUCUCAUCAUGGGGGAGGAACUGGAAGUCGCGGAGAGCGGCCCGUAUGCCGGAUGCAUCGAAGUGUGGCUUCGUGGGAUGCGAGACGAUAAAGUGCACUGCUUCAAAUCGAAUGCCAACGGAAAAGUAAUGAUUCAGACGGACGAUGCGACGUUGGCCGGCGACAUUAUACAGUCUCUCGCUAUGUAUUUAGGCGUUAGAGAACUGACCUCGGAAGCCACGUUUCCCGCGGAAGAAAAGAGGAUGUUAGACGCGUUGGAGCGUGUCAAGGGCUUGAAGGAGGUCGAUGCGCGGCUCCAAGCGGAAGCAGCAGGCGGUGCCACGCUUCUAAAGAGUAUUGUGAUUCGCUUAGAGGACGCUAGGAUUCUCGAAAACAUCGACGAUAUGCGAAAGAGACUAAUGCAAUUGAAAAACAUCAACGGCGAUUUAAUCCGAGAGCACGAGAUUCGGCUGAACAGUCAUCGGGAGCUCGCGGCCAGCUUAAAGGAACUGAACAUCGGAGUGCAGCGUGCAGCGAGACUCAGAGUUGGGAAAGCUGCCUCCAACGCAGUGGCUCGUUGCAGAACGGCGAUGCAGGAUGAAAAUCCGAAAGCUCUUGCACUCGCGAUAAAACACGGCUAAAUUAAUAGACGAGUCAUACGUAGCGAAUAAAGAAACUCUACCUCAUUCUACGACAAAAGAUCCGCUGGAGCAGCAAUCGGAGACGGACU